GGAGGAAUUGUUUUCAGUCGAGCCUAUUUACUGGGCGGUAACGCUCAAACCCAGCCCGAAAUGCUACACUCGCUUUAGCUAACCUAUCAGUUUUUUUAUAUAUAUAUUUAGUCGUGGGCGGUUACAUUUUUUCUUUUUCUUAGAGCUCAGGAUGGACCUGAAACCACAGGCUAAAGACAGCAUGGACCGGGCAGACUUGGUUUCUGAGGACGGGAAGAACAGCAAGUCUGUAUUGUGUCAACGCUGCGGGUCCAAGGUGCUGUGUCCUGGAACGGCUGUGUUUGCAGAGAAAGAGCUGAUCCUGCCAUCCAUGCGUAAAAAGAGCAGCCUCAGCCCCACAGACGGCUCGGUGGACGGGGACACACUGACCGCCCACUGGUUAGUGGGGGAAAUGUUUGAUUUUGAGAACGUGGGCUUCACGAACGACGUGGGGAGGAUCAAAUAUCUCAUCUGUGCAGACUGUGAGAUCGGACCCAUCGGCUGGCACUGUUUGGAUGACAAGAGAAGUUACUAUGUGGCCAUAGAGCGAGUCAAUCAUGCAUAGCGCCAUCACACAGGAAGUGACUUUUAAACCCUCAGAAACUUGCUCCACUCACACAUUUGAUUCCUGCUGUUCAGUAAAUGGUAUGAUUAAUAAAAGAUGAACAUGG